AUGAGCUGGUCUUCGCUAUCUUUUGAUGCAGCAGAGGAGAAUCUUCAAUUCAAGAUCUUCACUGAGGAUGCCCCAAAACCACUGAAAAUCGAUCUCUCCAUGGGUAAACCUAAAGAAGAAAAUCUAAAGCAAAAGCAAUACAUAGGAGUUCGAAGGCGACCAUGGGGAAGGUUCGUGGCCGAGAUAAGGGAUUCGACAAGACAAGGAAUGAGGGUUUGGCUUGGAACUUUUGAUAGUGCUGAGGAGGCUGCUUUGGCUUAUGAUCAAGCUGCAUUUUUGAUGCGAGAAUUAAAGGAAAAACAUAAGAUGAGAGGCAAGUCAAGAGGUAGGAAAAAGAAAGGGAAAGACCUAAAUGCAGUAAAUGCCUCAUGGAUCUCAGAAAUUUCUAACAAUGUUUUGGUACUUGAAGAUUUAGGAGCAGAUCUGCUCGAUGAGCUCCUGAGUUCAUCUGAGAGCGCAAGUACUGGAUCGUAA